ACGCCAAGGGCCGUGAGCGAAGUAAGAAACCCUCCUUUUUCGCGUCGUUCGACAGGCGAUUUCGACGGUCCCUCAUUUCUUCACGCCACCGGAAUACAACAACUUGGAGAUCUCAAUCGCUGUCGUGCCAACCUCGUCAAUCAACGUAGACACUGAGAUGGCUGAAGCAAAGCCUGCAAUGAGGAAACCAGUGUUCACCAAGGUAGAUCAGUUGCGUCCUGGAACUAGUGGCCACACUCUCACAGUGAAGGUCGUGAGUUCGAAGAUGGUAAUGCAGAAGGGCCGUCCUGAUGGGUCGCAAGUACGUCAAACGAGGAUCGCCGAAUGCUUGAUUGGGGAUGAGACGGGCAUUAUUGUAUUUACAGCUAGAAAUGAGCAAGUUGACUUGAUGAAGCCCGACACGAUUGUAAUCCUGCGGAAUGCCAAAAUUGACAUGUUUAAGGGAUCUAUGAGGCUUGCUGUGGACAAGUGGGGACGUAUUGAAGUGACCGAAACUGAACUGGCCGAUUUUGCUGUCAAAGAAGAUAACAACCUAUCGCUUGUCGAGUAUGAGUUGGUCAAUGUUGUUGAAGAGUGAUGGUAGGAAGCUUGCUUACAUCCCGAUGGGAAUAUAGACAGAUUGAGAAAGGAAUUCAAUUAGCGGUUCGAGAGAUGGUGAAAAAGUGAAGUUGUACAAGGAUUUCCUAGUCAACUAUGAGUAUUGGUUACUGAAAGAAAUCAUUUAUCAGCCGAUGCAGAUAUAACAUCAAAAGUGGUUCUUACCCUUGCUUGGGCUCAUUUAAAUCCUGCUGAGGGAGCUGUCUAGAUCAGUUUGGUGUGGCAUACUACUGGCAAUAACUGCAGAUGGAUGUUUAGCAGCAACUAAUCUGGAUACAUCUUAUGAGAGAGCCAGGAUGCAUCUAUUGUAAUAGAAUGGUCGAUAUGGACACCAUGCUUCAUGCAACUCCAUUUGCGUUUUAUGACUAUCUUCCUGUUUGAUUGGUGUUUGUAAUUGCACUGUCUACUUUUAUAGUCUAUUGUCGAGCUGCCCUUUUUAUUUUUC